AUGGAUUCAAAGAAUCAAUUCUCCCUUAGUAUGCAUAUAUUUGGUUUGUGCUUGAAUCAGGAAAUUUACUCCAAUAUAUGUCGAAGAAAUGAAGAAACAUGGAGCAGGGUUGUAUCUAAUGCUAAGGUUAUGAGAAGGAAUGUGUUGCAACUACCGCGUGGAGUGAUUAAGAAGUCCCUUAGUGGACCGGUCAGCUCGAUUGAGUUAUAUGAUUCGGAGAAGGGUAUCUCAGAGAAUUGUGUAGUGAAAGUGAGGAAUAAUGAUGAAGGCGAGAAGUAUCUCACGACUGGUUGGUAUGAAUUUGCUAAACAUGAAGAAUUAAAGAAAGGAGACAUCAUGCAUUUUUGCAUUCGAUAUCCUCCAGCCGAUGAAAUACUGGUAUAUGUUGAGCCGGGAAAGAAGAGACAGUGA